AUGUCAUUGAAGGGAGCGUGUGGACUGGUGACUGCUUCCGCCCCUGGUUCACAGAAACGCGGCGUUUUUCACCCGCGCUGGGAACAGCCUCAUUACCCGCGAUCGGAACGCGCGUCGACGCCGCGUUUUUCCUCCGAGAUGAAAAUGCAUGCGCACGCACAGGAAAUUAACGUGGCUGACCUCACCUUAUUGAGCCUUAACCGUUCAGGCAGAGGAGCUAUUGAAUACGGGUUGCGAGAUUCGAAAUUAUACGAAGCGGGCUACUCUAUUAAUGAAGGUGUUCCUAAACUUAAGCAUUGGAUAAUUGUUAUAAAUGAAGGCUAA